AUGAACUGCUUACACGUGCCUUGUGCAGGUGGAUACAUAAACGCGCAGAGUCCACAACAGCAGCGUAGCAGUGAUAGUAAACGCAUCGAUCUACCCCCUCUGGAGAAAGUCGAAGAGAAAAAGAACCCCAACGAUGGAGGUACAUCUCGGGGAAACAUUAACAUGAAUAGCAGCGGUGAACAAAGGAGAAGCGGUCUUGACGGUGCACAUAUUUCUGCGAAACGAGAGCAAUAUGUGAAUAAAGUAUCUACUAAUUUGGGGACGUGGUGUAAUAGGGAAGUGUCUGGAAAAGAUCAGAUUUUUUGCAGCAGGGGAGUACCUAAAGAGGGAGCACACCUCCGGGAAGCAAUUAGGGUCCCCGGUAUAGGAGCUCAUGACACCGCGGAUGAGGAAGCACAGAAUGAGUGUACCGUGGUGAGCGUAGAAGAGGUCUCCAGAUGGGGAAGUGAAAACGGUGAGGAGAAGGGUUGUCACGGUGAGGAGAAGGAUUAUCACGAUGAUAAGGGUUAUCACGAUGAUAAGGGCUAUCACGAUGAUAAGGGUUAUCACGAUGAUAAGGGCUAUCACGAUGAUAAGGGCUAUCACGAUGAGGAGAGCGUGCGUGACGUGGUGCAGGGGGGAGGUAGCUCUCCCCAUGGAAACGAAGAGCAGGAGGAGCAAAGGAAAACUAAUCCUACAAUACUGCAAUGUUUGAAUGAGGUAAGGAGGAAUAAUUGCAUGAACAGGUCAGGUAGUUACGUCGAGAAUGGAGAGAAACAUAAUAUGUAUGAACAGAGUUAUGUGAGGAGCUCCAAUUUGCAGAAGAACCUCAUUAGUGAAGAUCCCCUGGAUGAGAAAGACAGACGAGGGAAUAUCUUCCCUGGAGAUGACUCCGAUUGGGUUGGAAUCCUCAACAUGAGAGAGACCCCCCAGAAUGAAGGAGACCGUCGUCAGAAUAGCUGCCCUCUCGUGAAGGACAUGUCCCAUUUGAGAAAAAAACCACAUGGGGAAGAAAAGACAAAGAAGGGAAGUUCUGAGGAGGAUAAAACUGUGGAUGGAACUUCCUACGAGAGGUAUAUCCCCCCCAUGAGUAGCACAGAUAGACGUGAAACUAAAGAUAACAUAGUGGAGCCAAACAGAAGGUUUGAAAAGAAGGAGCUAUUACCAGCACAGGUGAGGGUAGAUGGAGAACCAAGGAAGUAUAAUCCUGGAAAGGACCUUCCCGCACAGCGCAGUGAAGGUAAUUUACAUACGAUUCAUAGCCUUUCAUCUGUGGAUGCUCUCCAUCGUAGCAACCAAAAUGAGAGUAAGGAGGGGAAGUCUCUACAAGUGGAAGGCAAAAAUGUUUUUGCUCCCAUCGGUGAGGAGAUAACGGAGAAGUGGAUUGCAAAAGCACCGAAUGGGGGAAUUCCCAAAUUAUCUGAACAAGUCAGGCAGAUUGAUAACCAAUUGGGAAUAGAGAAUGGAGAAAUUAAAAAAGUUGAGAAGGAUAACUUGGAAGGGUACCUUUCAGGAGAGAGGCACAAAAAAAAUGUAGGUGAAGAAGCAGAUUUAGCGGAAGGUCCAAACGGGACAGUGAGUCAUGAAAGGGUUAGUCCCUUUCCAUGUGAUGUGUCGAUAGGGAUGACUUUAUCUGGAAUGAUUGAGAUACCUGAGGGGGGAGGAAAAAAUGAAGCAGGUAGUUACAAAGGUGUAGAAAAACAAAAGGAUGUCCAUUUGGCAGAUGGUAAUGAAGAACCUUUUUCAUGUGCAGAACGUGUAGUAGUGCGAUUGGAUGGGGCUCCACCAAGUGCAUCUCCAUUAAGGGAGAGCUCACAGGAGAGGAGAACAGAGAUGAGCAGCGCUAUACACAUCGGCGAACUAGUCGAAGAAAUAGCACAAAGAGAAGUGGAACGAACAGCUGCUGAGGAAGAAGGAAAAAAAAAAGACAGCUCACUUGAAAUGUGCAAAGUAGGAAGUUUAGAUGUAUCCAACGAGUUAGAUGAUAAGUCGAGGAGAGAACCCGUUAGGUCAUGCAGGGGAAGUGAAAAUGGGUUCACUCCACAAGAUCUACUAAGCAAAAAUAAGUACAGCACGGACAACCAAUUGGUAGGAGUAAUUCCUAGAACGUUCGUAAGUCUAGGUUACCCACCUGAUGCGCAUGGGGUAGCCUUGAGGACAAGUAGAACCCGUUUUGGCGAACGAAAAGGGAUUCAAAUGGUAGAUGCAAAAUGGUCAGAAGGGGAUAAAUAUAUUAUGGAUAAUUAUCAAAGGAGUGAAAAUAUUCCUAUGGGUACAUAUCGAAAUGGUCCCAGGGAAUUUGUGGCCCACAGGAAUGAUGACUAUAGCUCAUUUGAGAAGGAGAUGAAUAAGGCCCUGCUAGAUUUACACAAGGAUGGAGUAGAUGUGUGCCAUGAUAACUUGCCACAUUUGAGUGAUUGUAAAAAGAAGAAGAAGCGAACGGGCAUUCCACUAAACGAGAGAAAGUACUACCGUGUGCUAGCUAAACAGAUGAUAAAAAUUCAGGGACUAACUUUCGACCAUAACCAGAUCAGGUGGAUUGCCUACUGGAAGAACGAGAACAACAAACAGAUUCAGAAGCACUUCCCCGUGUGCAAGUACGGGUUCUAUAAGGCGCGUCAGCUGGCGCUGGAGUUUAGAAACUCGAAAUUCGCCCCCGGCAGUCAGACAGUGGGGGGGGGAGCGGUAGGAGGAGGCGCGGUUGGAGGAGGCGCUGUGGGAGGAGGCGUGGUUGGAGGAGGCGCGGUUGGAGAAGGCACAGUUGGAGAAGGCACAGUUGGAGAAGGCACAGUUGGAGAAGGCGCGGUGCAUAUUCAAGGGGCGACCAUCAGUGAAGUAGACAAACCAGGGGUGAACCCCCCGGGAGUGGAAAAAGCUGAGGUGAUAAACUACGGAGUGAACACCCCCGCGGUAAACAACCGCGGAGUAUAUCCCCCCCAAAGCAGCAAAAAGAGCAGCCAUAAAAAGGAUGGCGCAAUGCCCCAAAAUCCGGAGCCCACGCAGAAGGGCAACCAAACGACAGAAACGCGCAGCAAAAAUAAAAGAAAAGACGCAAAGGUAGGGAUCAAUAACCCCCGUAAGAGGAGCCGGAUCAGCAGCAGACGUACCCAUCUGAACGUAGAAAGUGGAGGAACUGUAGCGAAUCCAAGUCACGCAGAGGGGACAAUGAAACAGGAGAGUGAACCCAAAAAUGUGGACGCAAAAUCGAAUCUAAAAUUUGUUAAUAAAAGGAUAAAUGCAUGUAAAGGAAAUGCAUGUGAAGAAAAUAGUCCUACUGGAAGAUCAGCAGUAGGAGGUUUUUCUGGAGGAGAUCAUGCAGGGAUGACAAGACAUGGUUUAAAAAAUGUGCAGAAUGUUUUAGCCUGUCAGAACGGAGACAAUUUGAACAGCAUUCAAAAUUCGCCCCAUUCGACCAUCUCGCAAGGGUUCCCUGUGUUCAUGGGGAACCAGGUGGGGGGCGGCUUCAGCGAUUUGAGCGGUCUGCGCGGUUUGGGCGGUUUGGGCGGUCUGCGCGGCUGCAUAGGGGGCAGUGGGCACAGCUACGACCAGGGAAACCACACGACUACCAACGGGCAACCCUCAAGUCGACACGAAUACGCGACGGGGUCUUACGGUUCAAUAAACUUUUAUGACCAGAAUGGAAUCAUAAUCACAGGACCACAUAUCAAUGCAUGGGACAGCGAACAAGGGAGAACACACAACUACAGUUACAUGGUGAAUAACUUCGAAGCGAUGCAAAGAGGACACAAUAUGGGCAUGUCAGCGUUUCGAAGUGGGUUGCCAAGUGAGGUGGCUUAUCUGAAUCAUGGGGUUAGUGGAGGAGAGGCUUUAUCGAAGGGGCAAUUUACAGAUACGUAUAAAAAUGUGGCGUACCAGAACCGGUUGAGCCAGUUAGGCCAGUCGGACCGAUUGAGCCAGUUCAGCCAAUCGAACAGGUUCAACCGAUUGAGCCAGCUAACCCAUUCGAACCAGUCGAACCAGCUGAACCCGUUUUUUGGUGCCAACUACGGGAGAAACCCACAGACAGCCACAGAUGCAGCAAUUUCGAGUAAAUGGGGGGGACAUACACAAAUCGGGAAUUACAUCGAUGGUUCCAAUUUUAAUAAUGCGCAUAUGAAGAACGAGGGGGGGGAGACCUACUCCCCACUUUUUAGAGGUCUACAGUCUGGGUCUCCCCAGCAUAUGCAAAGUGGCACUUACCAGUACAGUAUGAAUGAAGGGAGGACACAAAAUUUGGGUCCCCACUUUAACGCUGCAAACAAAGUUGUGGGUGGUACAUGGAAUAAUCCAUGUGAGGAAGAGAAUGGAUCGAACCCUAGUGAUAAUUCGACAUUGCAGAGUUGCGUAAAAAAUGGGCUGGAAGGUACGAGAGUUAGAAGUAGUGCCAUUUCCAGCGGUAUCUGUGUUGGCGGUAUGGGGAGCCAGGGAAGCCAGGGAAGCGUUCAGUCACCUCGUGCUGUCCCAGAAGGGAACAAGUCAACACAGAACAAGCAAAAGGAGGACCUAAACCUGAACCUGAGUCUGAACGUGAAUAUGCAUAAUAGUAGGGUAAGUGGAGAAAGGAGUGAGCGUGAGACGUGGAACCUAACUAGGGCUUCCACAGCGACGCACAUUUCGGAGCACUUGGGUGAACUAAUAAAUGUAAACAGAAGUAUCCAUUAUGAGCGCAGUCAGGGAAGGAGUCUCCCCAGGGAAGAAGGAGGCACAUCGGGCGAAGUGGUAGGACUGAGGAACACAGGUGAGGAGACGACACGAGGAAAGGCAAACGUUUUGGGAGAUAACACCGAGGUGUUUGGAAGAUGCAUAAAUUCACCUGAACAGUGGAUAAGCAUUCAACCCAUGGAAAAAGAAAAGAAGACAAUAAAAAGCGCAUGUGUUGAGAGUGGAGAAGGAGAAGCAGGAAAGAUGACAUGUAGCCAUUCUAUGGAGAGAGUAACUUCUGCAUAUGUAGUAGACACCACCGUUGGGAAUCAGGAAGGGAAGACGUCAGAGAAAAAUGUCAGUGGAAAAAAUAAAGGGAAAAAAAAAAAUUCCGAGAAGAAAACGACGAACAGAAAGGGAAGCAAGAGUUGUAAUAACUCUCACAUCCGAGGCAACGGUAUAUCUGUACUGUCCGAAAGGGAUAUCGUUAGUCGGAGCUGCCAGUGGUAUGGGGAAGAAGGCAGUAUGGAGAUGCGUGCUGUUGGUAGCGGCGAACACAAUGAAGGGGGAAUCUCUAACGGGGAGGUUGUUUCCAAGGAGGUAUCCAAAACGAAGAGUCACAAAAAAAGUGCGAAAAGGAAAAAAGAAAAAAACGAUUUAGAUGUUGCACAGACGAGUGGGAAGCAGAACAAAAGUGGAUGCAACCAAAUAAGUGACGCCAAAAAUAAAGGGAGUGAAGAAGUCAGUUCUGCGAUAAGCAGCCACAAUAAAUGGACGCACAGUAUGAGCUUGAUCCAGAGGAAGGAUAACCUAAGUGAGGAACCAAAGAAGGCAGCAAUGUAUGAAAAAAGAAACUGCGCAAGUGAGAAACUGUUAGAUCCGCGUAGAUGUAGUCAGUUGAAUCAACUCACCUCAGAGACUCCUUUCUCUAUUUCCGUUGGAGAAUCCAGUAUACCACGGUGUGUCUUUCACCCCUGUGCUGAGAAGAAUGGAGAACAUGGAAGCGAGAAAGGGUCAAACGAAUUAGAAAAAAAAGAGACAGCAGAAGUCGAAGAAGGGGAAGAAGAAAUGUACAAAUACAAACUAAAUCAGUUCGAAAAAAACAGUUGUAACGAGCACGAUGAUGAUGAGUACUACUAUAGUGAGAUCAUGAAAAUGCCAAAGAUUAAAGGAGUCCAUUUUGAUAUUAGACAGAAAAGGUGGUGUGCCUAUGGGCAUAAAAAAAAAGAAUGCUUUUCUGUGUACCGUUAUGGGUUCUUAAUUGCGAGAGAGCUAGCUGUGAAAAGUCGAUUAAAAGUACAGAAAAGGAAGAACAACCUGAAAUUAAAAAAAAAUAAAAAUUACAUGAACGGCGAAAAAGUCUGCGGCGAAAAUGUCUGCGAUAAAAAUGUCUGCGAUAAAAAUGUCUGCGGCAAAAAUGGUUUGUCUUUAGUGAAGGGCAAAAAAAAACACAGUAGUGACAACUGGGAAGUUUCACAUGUGCCAUAUGAUGACUUAGAUAGGAAUAAUAACACGGGGAGCUUGAAUGGUUAUACUAGCCCCCCUUCCCCGAUUGGCUCAGCGGAAUGCACGCUUACCCCUCAGUUUAACGACGAAAAGGGGUAUCCCAUGGGAAGCAGCACACCAACAGGUGAGUCGAACUCUCACGAAAAUGAUAAACAGAACGGGGUCAUGGAUGAAAGGACUGAGCAUUGGAACGGGACUGAGAUGAACGCAAAUUCGUUUCCAAUACUGUUUGCGCACUCGCACGAGACGGAGUCGUUAAAGGGACCCAGUGUUAGCGGCAGCAAGCUUCGCGCCUACAACGGGAGUGGUGCGAGUGGUGCAAAUAGUGCCGGUGCUGCUAGUGGUGCAAAUAGUACCGGUGCUGCGAGUGGUGCAAAUAGUACCGGUGCUGCGAGUGGUGCAAAUAGUACCGGUGCUGCGAGUGGCACUUAUAGGGACAACCCUUACGGGGGGUACUACGCUAGCCCAGAUAUGUAUGAAAACCGCAGUUACACCGGAGUGCCCAACGAAGUGGAGGGCCCUAUCAGGAGGUACCACAAGGGAGAGGUUGACAGCAGAAGGGGAAGCGGUACGCACAACGUUGUCCCGCUUGACAACAUGGUGCACAAUUCUGAGAAGGACAAAAAUUAUAGUUACCCAGGAAACACGAAUCGAAUUAGCAGCGUGAAUCCAAUUAGCAACGUGAACCCAAUUAGCAACGUGAAUCGGGGGCAGGGAGCAUUCGAAUUUUAUGGCCCCAAUGAGCAAGCUUGCCUGAGUGGUCAAACAAAAAAUGACAGUUUUUAUGGCGCAUAUAACGCAAACGGGGAGACGAAUCAGAUGAUGCAGUUCAACACGGAAAGGGGAAGAAGGAAUUUUGUCAACAUGAGGAACGUGGAAAGGUGUGUCUUGAGAGGACCCAAUGAGGAGUGCCAGUCGUAUAAUGGAGAUGUGAUGAGUUGGUACAGUGUGGCAAGGGCAAAUGCGGAGAUGCAGAAGACCGGUUCUGUUCCGAUUGCGGCCAUUCCGAUUGCGGCCAUUCCGACUGCGCCCAUUCCGAUUGCGGCCAUUCCGACUGCGCCCAUUCCAAUAGCUACCAUUCCGAUGGAAUGCGUUUCUGUUGGGCCCGCCCCAUCUUUAGGAAAUGGAGCCACACAGAGCAACGCCGCCAAUGACGAGGCGCGCAACAGGUUUCACAAAAUUGCUGUGCUGAACGAUGGGCAUUUUUCCAGCAGUAGGGAACAUGCUAGGGGAAAUGAGGUCAUAAGUACACAAGGGGGGGUUCCCCUUGGGGUAGGUGGCUCUCUACCAAUUGAUGCGAAGAAGACAUGCGUCCCAGAGAUGCAACAGAGGAACCGCGCGAAUAAUAGAACCCAUAGAAAUGGAAUCACAGAUGAGUCUAGAGAAUUUGUGCAGAAUAAAGAAGAAGUCGCAAUUUUAGAACCCGAGAUGGAGAGCAAGCCGAACAAAAUGAGACUUAAAAAGGAUGUUAUGCCAAAUGGCUACUGGAGUUUUAUUAACAAUUACGAGAAGGGUACGACUGUGGGGAGUGAUCAAAGAGGGGGUACUAACGUAACGACUAAUGCGGUGACUUGCGUGAACAGUGCCCCAUUGGUUAACGUUGGGGGGACGACUCCUUUUUUCGAGGCGAAUGGGGCAGCGAAGGGGGAAGCGAAUGGGGCAGCGAAUGGGGCAGCGAAGGGGGCAGCGAAGGGGGAAGCGAAUGGGGCAGCGACGGGGGAAGCGAAUGGGGCAGCGACGGGGGCAGUGAACGAAUCAGCCAACGGGGCAGCAAACCGCAUUGACGGCACGACGAACCUGGGGGGACACUUCCUCGGGCUUAGUCCUUCCCCUCAACACACGGCUCCUCAACACAAGGCUCCUCAAAACAUGCUCCCGCAGUUCCCCCACAUGAACAGCACACAGGGGCCGUUUCUACACACCUGGGGUACUCAUCAAGGGGAAAAUAUCCCCAUUGCUAAUAUGCCCACAUGGAACCCUACACAUAGUACAUGUGAUACGAGCCCCAGGAUGAACGCAAAUGUGUGGGGAAUCCAAAAAAAGAGAGAAGGACAGGAUGAUGUAGGGAGAGUAAUGAACAUGAGUGAGAGGGAUUUUUUACAGAAUGAUAUGAACAGGGGGGUAGUAAGAAAUUAUAGUGCAGUGAGAAGUGCCGAUCCGUUUGGGGUACAUAAUUUAAUGAGGAGCAACACCUCGAGAUGUAGGAAUGUACAAAGCGAUUGCGGGAAGGGGAGGAUAACCUCAUGUUUGAUGGUGGAGGAGAAGACAAACUAUAAGGUCGGGAAAGAAUCGAAUCUCCAAUAUGAUCGAAAUGUGGUAGGUAUAGGAAGUGGCUACUCAGAGUAUGAUAUGAACCGUUGCGUUAAUGUGAAUGACUCUUUUGCACAAAAUGAAGAGUGCAUGACACUUGCACGAAGAAACUAUGGGAGUGAUGAAUUUACAAGCCCGUUUGACAAACAGGGAAAAAACGAAACGGAUAAACAUUUGGGUGAAAAUGAGAAAAAAUUUUUACAUCAGAUUUUUCAGGACAAUAGGAAUAUAGGCCAUAUCGAGGUGGACAUAAAAAAUAAACCAAUAGAGAAUGGCCUUCAGAAAAAUAAACGUUUGAAUUUUGAAGAAGUUAAUAUGUUUCACACGGAGGUUGAAGAAGUUAGAGAACCAGUGGUGAGUGGGAAUACUGCAGGAUUGGCUGGAAAGGAACAUAGAAACGAAUGUGAUUCUUCCCCCAAAUGGGUUCAGUGUGAGGAGAAACAGACCCGCAGUGAUAAGAAUAAAAGGAGCAAAAGUGGGUUCCCCAAUUUUAGAGGUUCUAAUGAGACAUGCGCGACAGCGGAGGGGGGCGCACAAACGUGCAUCUUACCAGGGAGCACUUUGGGAGGAAAUCAAGGAGCAGAGAAUGGGGUAGGUGGUGCGCAGGGUACUGACUUAAAUGGAUCCCCAACAGGAGUUCACAUCUUCAAAUGCCAUACCAACAGGAGCGACACGGGGAGGAGGAAAAGUGAGGUCGUCGGGAAGUACAAAUGUAAGAAAGAAAUGACCGCCCAAUUGAGUAAUUCACGGGAGUGUGGAAACCUGGGGGGAGCGUCCUUAACUGGGGUGGGAUUCAAAGGGAGAGGGUCCCCAAGAAGGGAGAAAAUAAUAACCCCGAAGGUGAAUAGCAUGAUGUUAGAUGCAACUACAACUGGUGAGGAAGAAGAAAAGUAUUGUCAGGUUUAUCCACGGAGGAGAAGUAAUUUCCCCCUUUUAGAAAAAAAAACAAGUCAGCUAAUUUGUCAAGAAUAUGAUCCAUAUGGUGGGAUGGUAAUAACUACGGAGGGGGGAAAGGACGGAAAUAUGAACACACGUGAUAAACAAAGAUGGGAUACAUUCGUAUUCUUAAAAGGCACUGAUAGGAGUGGCCCAGAAAACGUCAUUUAUGAUGACCAUGGGGAGGUAGUGCUAAAUGGGGGGUUACCACAUGCUGAUUGCCCCUUCGCUUUUAGCAGGACGAAUCGGGAGUCCCUCCAAAGUGGAAUAAAAUGCGAACAAUUGAAAGACCAUCAAAUGAACCCAUUGGAAGACUCCCAAACGGUGAGUCGAUUUGAGAAUCCGUAUGGAGGAGAACAAAGUGGACACUACACAGAGGAAGCUUCAAACGGGUUUGUUUUAAAAAAGGUGGAUGCUUCAAGUACAGGUCUGUUGCAUCUUUCGACCAACAGGAGCACCGACAGAGAAGUGAAUCGUUGGGACGUCCUGACAGGUGUACUAGGAGGCAGAAGAUUUGACGGUGGCUUUUCCAGGGGAGCAGCGAAUUGCCAUUUAGGUAGGGGCGCGGCGGAAAAGGGCAGCACCACUGAAGGUGUGCACCGUUUUGAGGCGGACAGGAUGAUGGCGGCAGCGGAGGUGUUUCUGAAUGGGGACUACUUCGACGUGUGCGGCGAUGUGCCGGUGGCAGAAGGGGACACGGCGGUCAACGGAGUGGUCAACGGGGUAGUAAGUGAAGUGCCAGGCGGAGGGCAGAGCGAAUGGCAGAGCGAAUGGCGCAGCGGCAAGCGGGAUAGCAAAAAAGGGACCAUUCUUAAGAAUGUCCACAUACUGAAAGAGUACGGCGAGAGGUUUCCCCACCGAGGGGCAGAGGAAGAAGGAGUGCCAUAUGAGAGUGUGGAGGAUGGAAAUAAAAGCGCAGAGGAUGGAAAUAAAAGCGCAGAGGAUGGAAAUAAAAGAGCCGGGGAUGGAAAUAAAAGCGGAGUGGAAAGCCUGAUCGACAGAUACUGUUUAUCCAUUUUUGGGAGCAUGAAGAUUAGCGAAUUUAUGCCCAUGCGUUGUGGGGGCACGGAGAUAGAGGAGGUCCUUUUGGUGGAGCCCUACCGCGAGCACGCCUGUUUGAGUUUACACGACCUGAACAUGAACCGAGCGAAGGAUGUCAACGAAACGAUACAUUUUAAGAAGCUCAUUUUGAAGUACCUCAUUAUGGACUUAUUUCGGAACAUAAGUGUGCCAGAAUUUUCCAAAAUGACAAAUGAUAGAACCCAUUUGUUUGUGAACCCACAUAAAUGUGCAUCUAGUUCCCCCCUGACAAAUGAAAUAGAGAAAAACAAGGAGCUUCUGCAAAGAGUUGAGAGGUACCAUUUAAAAUGUGUUAAUAAUAUUUAUGACAUGAAAUUUGUUCAGCUGUACUGGGAUGUGUUCGUGACUUGUUUGGUGAAGAACGUCACGGCGAGUGUGUUACCCUUCGAGGAGCACUGCAUGGUUAUGCGCUCCCUGCUGCUGCUUUACUUGGAAAGCUGCGCGCCCGGGGGGGCGAGGUGCGCGUAG